UGUGGUUGGUCGCCGGUCAAGGUGAUAGUGGUGGUCAACGCUGGUUAGGGUGGUUGUGGUGGCGGUCAUCGUCGCCGUUCAGUGUGGUGGUGGUGUUAUUUGUCAAUUGGGUGGUGGUGUCAAGGUGGUGGCAAGAGAGAAGAUAGUGGUGAAAUACUAAGGGUACGGUUGUCAAUUCACACUAUAUGUUGGCGGUUUUGAUCAUUUUGAAUGGCAGUAUGCCAGUAUUUAACACCUUUUUUUUUUACUCGUAAUUUUUUUUUUUUUAUGUUUUCUUUGUUCAUAUUUAGGGGUGUUUUUGACUUUUUGUGAUUGUACAAAAUUACCAAAAAUAAACACUACGCCGCCAAUACUCCGGAGGAAGGCUCUGUCUCGCUCAGCAGAUCAAGCAGACAGCCCAACCUCCCUUUCUUCAACUUUGCCGAUGUUCAACCCUCAUUUUCUCUAUCCUCUGCUCCUAAUUUCUCGCAAAGGGUUCUGAUUUUGGUGAUGAUAUCUGAAAGUAUCAAUCUUUUUGUUUAAUUGAUUGAGAAAUUUAGUUAAUUUGGUUAUUUGAAGAUGGCUUAUAGGCGUAGUGUUUGUGCUCGAGCUACCCUUUUAGCUCGACGAAUCAACCCUUGUUUUAGUUACAUUUCUCAUGACAAUGACAAGAACAAUAACAAUGAUAAGCCGGAAUCGUCGUCUCGGCGGAAAAUCGAUGAUUUACUAGCCGAAAGAAGGUCGUUCGGAACUUAUAGUUACUGUUCUUUGGCAUCCAGUAGUUUAUUUCAUCAUCAAAGAUCAUUUUUCCCUGGACAUGGAACUGGGGCUAUUAGUUUUCAUAGAUAUAUGUCAACUUCUGUUGGGGAAGAGUCAGAUAAGGUUGGUUUCAUUACUGAUGUUGCCGAUGUUAUGAGUGAUACCACGGUGGAUGCGGUUGCGUCUCAGGCCCCUGUUUUGAGUGAAGUGGCAACUGCUGCUGCGGAUUCUGCUAUACCAGUUGCUGCUUUGCAGUACUUCAUUGAUGGGGUUCACAGUUUUACUGGUUUGAAUUGGUGGGCUUCAAUAGCUCUUACGACUCUGAUGAUUCGUGGGGUGACUGUCCCUUUCCUGAUUAGUCAGCUCAAAGCCACUGCUAAGUUGACGAUUAUGAGGCCACGUCUCGAGGAAAUCAAGGCGGAGAUGGAAGCCACGGGUAAUACGGAUGAAGGGAGACUGAAAAUGAACGAGAUAUUCAAAGAAUAUGGUGUUACGCCAUUUACUCCUCUUAAGGGGCUUCUUAUUCAAGGUCCUGUCUUCAUCAGUUUUUUCUUAGCUAUAUCAAAUAUGGCGGAGAAGGUUCCAUCAUUUAAAGAGGGUGGAGCAUUUUGGUUUACUGAUCUUACAACUCCGGAUGCAAGGUAUAUCCUUCCUGUUUUGACGGCAGUGACUUUUCUAAUUACUGUGGAGUUGAAUAUGCAGGAAGGUAUGGAAGGCAAUCCCGUUGCUAGCACUAUGAAAAAGUUUUCAAGAGGCUUAGCUGUUCUUACUGUCCCAUUCACCAUGAGCUUUCCAAAGGCUAUAUUUUGUUAUUGGAUUACUUCUAAUUGCUUCUCCUUCGCAUAUGGAGCUGUGCUCAAAAUUCCUGGUGUAAAGAAGUCCUUGGGAGUCCCAGAUAUACCAGUGCCACCUCCGAACUCACAACAAAAAACAUCUGGCUUUUCUCUCUUAGAAGCGCUAAAACAAGCCACUGCACCCCCAAAAGCUCCUGCUGCAUUACCUGCGGCUGCUGAUCAAGCAAAAUCUAUCGAUGAAAAAACAUCAUCAUCAUCAUCAUCGGCAGUUCUCAGUCAACGCCUUAAAAGUUUAGAGAGAAAAGUGAAGCAGAAAAAGAAAAACAAGAAGCGAUGAUGGUGUUCUCUGCUCUUAUUUCUAUCAUCUUGAUUUUUGGUAUUAUUUGAAUUUUCAUCCACCUUAUACUACAGAAUAAGUGUAUCAUUAUUAGGGAGAGUAGCAAGAUUUUGCCUUAUAGAAUUUAGAAUACUACAGGCUUUCUCAUUGAUGGUUUUGAAGAACAAGCAGUCGGAGCGUAUAUCAUGGAUGUAUCUGUCUGUUGAGGUGGUUUUGACAGACAGCAGGCGGAAAUAUCAGAGCAUCUUUUUUGGCUAUAAACCUGAUUAUAUGAUUAUUAUUGCAGUUUUCUUUUCUUUUUGUUAGUUGAGUUUGAAAUUUAUGUAGUUUUCAAUGCAAAUGAAAUAUAACACUCGAAUAAUAAAUACGGAGUAUGAAAAGCAUAUUCAUGUGUAAUUUCAUUUCAUUUUUUUUACAAUACCUGUUUGAAGGGAGCUAUGUUUACAUUUAUGUAUUGAAAUUGUGCAAAAGUUGGUUUGGAACA